CCAACCAGGCAAACCCUGUGCACGCAAGCACAGCCCCCCCUGCUCCUCUUCCUCCCUGCUCCCAGGGAAGAGCUUCCAGCAAACAGAGCUGCUGUUCAGCUGGGUCUGCCUUCAUCCCCAGCAAGGAGGGACACAGGAUGGAACUCGGGCUUUGGCUGGUGACCAGCACCCUGGCAGCAGUGCUGGGCACGGCCCUGGCGCAGGGCAACACCUGUCGGGCACCAGAUGGCAAGGAUGGCCUCCCAGGAGUCCCUGGCCUUGAUGGGAGGCCAGGGCAGAAGGGUGACAGGGGAGAACCAGGGAAGUCAGCACAGAGGACAGGCAUCCAGGGACUCAAAGGGGACGCAGGGGAGCCGGGGCCUCCAGGCAUCCCUGGGAACCAGGGCUACCACGGCCUGUAUGGCCCCCCUGGGGUCCCGGGGCUGGCAGGACCAAAGGGGGAGAAGGGCAAAGCCGGCAACAUCCUGGAGCAGCCACGUCCUGCCUUCUCUGCCUCGAGGAAGUCCCCGCCACCCUUGGGCAAGACGGUGGUGUUUGACAACAUCAUCACCAACGAGGAGAGCUCCUACAGCCCCCGGAGCGGGGAGUUCACCUGCCGCGUCCCCGGCCUCUACUACUUCUCCUACCAGGUGGUCUCCAGCGGGGACCUCUGCCUGAGCAUCACCAAGAACCAGGAGCGUGUGGUCACCUUCUGCGACUCCAACAGCCGUGAGCUGCUGCAGGUGAACUCGGGCAGCAGCGUGAUCAGCCUGGCCGAGGGUGACCGGGUGGCCCUGAGCACCGACCCCAGGGGCAGCUCCAUCUACAGCGGCUCCGACGCCGACAGCGUCUUCAGCGGCUUCAUGCUCUUCCCGCAGACGGGCUGAUGGACACCAGGCAGGGACCUGCUGAGCCCCACGGCCCCGUGCUGGGGGCAGCUGCCUGUGUUUCCCACCCCAACCCCCCUCCCCGGUUAGCCUGUGAGAUGGUUUAGUGCCCCGGCAAAUGGGGGUGGCCCCACAUUGAGCCACCGUGGUCCUUUUCCUUCCCCCGGCGUGGCCGGGCUGGGGGUCACUGCUGAGACCCCUGAGAGCAGUUCCCUCUGUUCUGAGCCUGCCCACCCCGUUCUGGGGGCACCUGGUCCCUGCAGCCCUUUCUGCUCCUGGGCACUCAGACCCCACACCAGAGGGGACCAGUUGUCACUGUGUGUCACCAGCUGUGGGUCUUUAUUCCUGAGUGAGAAACCCCUGCUCUGCUACACUAACCAAGCCUGGAGCCCCUCAGCUCUGCCCCGCAGCAUCCCAGCCCACUGCACUAUAAAUAAAACCCUCCAAAACA